UCCGUCAUUCUCUGAGUCGGAGAACGUGUGAGUGUGUGUGUGUGUGUGUAUGUGUGUGUGUGUCCGUGUCUGGGGCUGGGUAGCCAGGAGUGAUUUAAAUGUGCAUAGGGUUAAUAGUGUAGCAUCUCCUUCAGGCUUGGCUUUGAAACCUGUGGCAUUCUAGGCUGGACAGCCGCUUCAGCGCUUCUGUUUUAAUUUAGCAGGAUGUUUGCUGCCAUGGCAGCCAGCAGCAUCCACUGCAGCAGCAAGGAAGGGCCAUAGAUCUGAGAAUGCAGGAGGAAUACUAAAACACCAGCCGCUCGUGCAGCCCCGGGCUUCAGUGCUCAAUUUCUGCUCUUAGGGGGCUCGGAUGCAGAGGCUGUAUGUGCUGCACUGUGUCAGCUCAUCUCGAGUCAAGGGCUGCAGACCUAGAUCAGUGAAGGGCUGGUGAGAGGUAGGAAAAAAAAAAAAAAAGAAAGAAAGAAAGCCAUGAGAGAGAUCACUGGUGCCUCACUACCUCGCAUUUGGGAACACAGAAGUGAUAGAGGGAGAUGUGGACCCAUCAUCCUGCUGAGACAUGUGAUUGGAUGAAGACUGGAAAACGUAGUUGGCUUCCCGUGCUACUUUCAGCUGGAGCAGUGUCUUUGGUGAACUCUUUUCUGCUUCAGAUAUACUCAAGCAAAAUACUUGUAAGUACUGCUGAUUAGAGAGAGAAUGUGGCAAGCUCAAUUGUGGGCAACUGAUUAAUCGUACCGUCGCUCUAGAGUCUUACGUGAAUGUUGGCGCCUGUUGGGGCUUUUAGUGAAGUGCAUGUGUUAAUUAAAACCAAAAGGGCCCCUUGCUCUGUCUUUGUAAAAAGACAAUAUGAAGUCCAGUUGAAAAGAAGAAGCCCCUGCAAGAGCCAUGCAGCGACCGGCUGAACUCUCUGUGUUUCGGAGCAAAGAAGUAAGGAGAAAGGGAGCCUGCCUUCAGAAACAAAAGUCUCUGACCAAUCUUUCCCUCACCGGCGAGGGGGAGAGGAGACCCACUGUGCGCAUUUCCAACUGGUUUGGAAAUGCUGCAAAGGCCAGCCAGAGAGAAUCGGACUAUGCAGAGAGGCGUUCGCUGUCCCGAUUUCUCUCGCGCUCCGUGCAGUCCCUGUACCACCCCGGUGGCCCGGGCGCCUGGAACCUCCUGCCUCCCAGCCAGUCAGGCAGUGAGGGCUUAGAGGACUGGUCUUCCAGAAAAGGCUUGGAAGGCGAGAGUGAUGAAGAGAGCAGGUCCGAAGAUGAAAACGUGUCCUCCAGGCAAAGCAGCAUCAGCAGGAGCUGGGCUGAGGAGGAGGGAGAAAGCUGCCUGCGGGAAGGCACAGCUCAUCUGGAUGAGGAUGUGAUCCUCACAAUGCUGGGAGACCUGGAACAGGCACUUUACACUGACUUGUUAGGUGAAGACCCUGAAACAAGGAGAAUGAGAACAGUUAAAAACAUAGCAGAUUUGAGGCAAAAUUUAGAGGAGACUAUGUCCAGUCUUCGUGGGACCCAGAUAAGCCACAGCACCCUGGAGACAACAUUUGACAGCACUGUGACAACAGAAGUUAAUGGAAGGACCAUACCCAACUUGACAAGCCGACCCACUCCCAUGACCUGGAGGUUGGGUCAGGCGUGUCCUCGACUUCAGGCUGGAGAUGCUCCCUCUCUGGGGGCUGCCUACCCCCGCAGUGGUACCAGCCGAUUCAUCCACACAGACCCCUCGAGGUUCAUGUACACAACGCCUCUCCGUCGAGCAGCUGUCUCUCGACUGGGAAAUAUUUCCCAAAUUGACAUGAGUGAGAAAGCAAGCAGUGACCUGGACAUGUCUUCUGAAGUUGACGUUGGUGGAUAUAUGAGUGACGGUGAUAUCCUUGGGAAAAGUCUCAGGGCUGAUGACAUCAACAGUGGGUACAUGACAGAUGGAGGGCUCAACCUGUAUACUAGAAGUCUGAACCGAAUACCGGACACAGCCACUUCCAGAGAGGUCAUCCAGAGAGGAGUUCAUGAUGUGACAGUGGAUGCAGACAGCUGGGAUGACAGCAGCUCUGUGAGUAGUGGUCUCAGUGACACCCUUGAUAACAUCAGCACCGACGACCUGAACACCACGUCCUCGGUCAGCUCUUACUCCAACAUCACUGUCCCCUCCAGGAAGAGCACCCAGCUGAAGACAGAUUCAGAGAAACGUUCUACAACAGACGAGACGUGGGAUACUACUGAGGAGCUGAAAAAAACAGAAGAGGACUUCGACAGCCAUGGGGAUGGCGCUGGCAAGUGGAAGGGUGUUUCCUCCGGACUUCCUGAAGACCCCGAGAAGACAGGGCAGAAAGCUUCCCUGUCCAUCUCACAGACAGGUUCCUGGAGGAGGGGCAUGUCUGCCCAAGGAGGAGCGCCAUCUAGACAGAAACCUGGAACGAGUGCACUCAAGACCCCGGGGAAAACUGAUGAUGCCAAAGCUUCUGAGAAAGGCAAAACUCCCCUGAAAGGAUCGUCUCUACAGAGGUCUCCUUCAGAUGCAGGCAAAAGCAGUGGAGAUGAGGGGAAAAAGCCCCCCUCAGGCAUUGGAAGAUCCACUGCUCCCGGCUCUUUUGGAUUUAAGAAACCAAGCGGAGUGGGGUCAUCUACUAUGAUCACAAGCAGCGGAGCGACAAUAACAAGUGGGUCGGCCACCCUGGGUAAAAUUCCCAAAUCUGCUGCCAUUGGUGGGAAGUCAAAUGCAGGGAGAAAAACCAGUCUGGACGGAUCCCAGAAUCAGGAUGAUGGUGUGCUGCACGUGAGCUCCAAGACCUCCCUCCAGUACCGCAGCCUGCCCCGCCCUUCAAAAUCCAGCACCAGCGGCAUCCCCGGCCGAGGCGGCCACCGGUCCAGCACCAGCAGUAUUGAUUCCAACGUCAGCAGCAAGUCGGCUGGUGCCUCCACCUCGAAACUCAGAGAACCCACUAAGAUUGGGUCAGGGCGCUCGAGCCCCGUCACUGUCAACCAGACGGACAAGGAAAAGGAAAAAGUAGCUGUCUCAGAUUCCGAGAGCGUUUCUUUGUCAGGUUCCCCCAAAUCCAGCCCCACCUCUGCCAGUGCCUGUGGGACCCAAGGGCUCAGGCAGCCAGGAUCCAAGUAUCCUGACAUUGCCUCACCUACAUUUCGAAGGUUGUUUGGUGCCAAGGCAGGUGGCAAAUCUGCCUCUGCACCUAAUACUGAGGGUGUGAAAUCCUCCUCAGUAAUGCCCAGUCCUAGUACCACAUUAGCGCGGCAAGGCAGUCUGGAAUCACCAUCGUCCGGUACGGGCAGCAUGGGCAGUGCUGGUGGGCUAAGCGGCAGCAGCAGCCCUCUCUUCAGUAAGCCCUCAGACUUACCUACAGACGUUAUAAGCUUAAGUCACUCGUUGGCUUCCAGCCCGGCGUCGGUCCACUCUUUCACAUCAGGUGGUCUCGUGUGGGCUGCCAAUCUGAGCAGUUCCUCUGCCGGCAGCAAGGACACUCCGAGUUACCAGUCCAUGACUAGCCUCCAUACGAGCUCUGAGUCUAUUGACCUCCCCCUCAGCCAUCAUGGCUCCCUGUCUGGACUGACCACAGGCACUCACGAGGUGCAGAGCCUGCUCAUGAGAACGGGUAGUGUGAGAUCUACUCUCUCAGAAAGAUACACCCCAUCAUCUCGGCAGGCCAACCAAGAAGAGGGCAAGGAGUGGCUGCGUUCCCAUUCCACUGGAGGGCUGCAGGAUGCUGGCAGCCAGUCCCCUCUGCUCUCCCCCUCCGCCAUGUCAUCUUGCACCACAGGAAAAUAUCACUUUUCCAACCUGGUGAGCCCAACCAAUCUGUCUCAGUUUAACCUUCCUGGGCCCAGCAUGAUGCGCUCAAAUAGCAUCCCAGCCCAAGAUUCUUCCUUCGAUCUCUAUGAUGACUCCCAGCUUUGUGGGAGUGCCACGUCUCUGGAAGAAAGGCCACGUGCCAUCAGUCAUUCAGGCUCAUUCCGAGACAGCAUGGAAGAAGUUCACGGCUCUUCAUUAUCACUGGUCUCCAGCACUUCUUCUCUUUACUCAACAGCUGAAGAAAAAGCUCAUUCAGAGCAAAUCCACAAACUGCGGCGAGAGCUGGUUGCAUCACAAGAAAAAGUUGCUACUCUCACAUCUCAACUGUCAGCAAAUGCUCACCUCGUAGCAGCUUUUGAAAAGAGUUUAGGGAAUAUGACUGGCCGACUGCAAAGUCUAACCAUGACAGCAGAACAGAAGGAGUCUGAACUGAUAGAACUAAGAGAAACCAUUGAAAUGCUGAAGGCCCAGAACUCUGCUGCCCAGGCAGCUAUUCAGGGAGCGCUGAAUGGUCCAGACCACCCUCCCAAAGAUCUCCGCAUCAGAAGACAGCAUUCCUCUGAAAGUGUUUCUAGUAUCAACAGUGCCACGAGCCAUUCCAGCAUUGGUAGUGGUAAUGAUGCUGACUCCAAGAAAAAGAAAAAGAAAAACUGGGUGAACUCUAGAGGAAGUGAGCUGAGAAGCUCAUUCAAACAAGCCUUUGGGAAGAAAAAGUCCACCAAGCCUCCUUCCUCACAUUCGGACAUUGAAGAGCUUACUGACUCAUCCCUCCCAGCGUCACCGAAAGUGCCCCAUACUGUGGGGGACUGCGGGGCCACAUCCAUGAAGCCCUCACAGUCGGCCUCAGCGAUCUGUGAAUGCACGGAGGCUGAGGCAGAGAUAAUUCUGCAGCUGAAGAGCGAGCUCAGAGAAAAGGAAUUAAAAUUAACAGAUAUUCGACUGGAAGCCCUCAGCUCUGCUCAUCAUCUUGACCAGAUCCGGGAAGCUAUGAACCGGAUGCAGAACGAAAUAGAAAUACUGAAGGCAGAAAAUGACCGGUUGAAGGCAGAAACUGGUAACACGGCUAAGCCUGCUCGUCCACCGUCAGAAUCCUCAAGUAGCACAUCCUCCUCAUCUUCACGGCAGUCGUUAGGACUUUCCCUAAACAAUCUGAACAUCACAGAGUCUGUUACCUCAGAUAUUUUGCUAGACGAUGCUGGUGCUAGUGAUGCAACUGGACAGAAAGAUGGCCGCAGUGUGAAAAUUAUCGUCUCCAUAAGCAAGGGCUAUGGCCGAGCAAAGGAUCAGAAGUCUCAGGCAUAUUUGAUAGGAUCCAUUGGCGUUAGUGGAAAAACCAAGUGGGAUGUCUUAGAUGGUGUAAUUAGACGUCUCUUUAAGGAAUAUGUGUUCCGAAUUGAUACAUCCGCUAGCCUUGGUCUGAGCUCUGACUGCAUUGCUAGCUACUGUAUAGGAGAUUUAAUUAGAUCCCAUAGCCUAGAAGUGCCUGAACUGCUGCCUUGUGGAUACCUUGUUGGAGAUAAUAACAUCAUUACUGUGAACCUGAAAGGGGUAGAAGAAAACAGUUUGGACAGUUUUGUUUUUGAUACACUGAUUCCUAAACCAAUUACCCAAAGGUACUUUAACUUGUUGAUGGAGCAUCACAGAAUUAUACUCUCAGGACCUAGUGGUACUGGAAAGACCUAUUUAGCAAAUAAACUUGCCGAAUAUGUAAUAACCAAAUCUGGGAGGAAAAAAACAGAGGAUGCAAUUGCCACUUUUAAUGUGGACCACAAGUCAAGUAAGGAGUUGCAACAGUAUCUAGCUAACCUGGCUGAACAGUGCAGUGCUGAUAAUAAUGGUGUAGAACUUCCUGUUGUAAUAAUUCUUGAUAAUCUUCAUCAUGUGGGCUCUUUGAGUGAUAUCUUCAAUGGUUUUCUCAACUGUAAAUACAACAAAUGUCCAUAUAUUAUUGGAACAAUGAAUCAGGGAGUUUCUUCAUCACCAAAUCUAGAGCUGCAUCACAAUUUCAGGUGGGUGCUAUGCGCAAACCACACAGAACCAGUGAAAGGCUUUUUAGGCAGAUAUCUUCGAAGGAAACUGAUAGAGAUAGAGAUUGAAAGGAACAUACGCAAUAAUGACUUAGUCAAAAUUAUAGAUUGGAUUCCUAAGACAUGGCAUCAUCUCAACAGUUUUUUGGAAACACACAGUUCUUCUGAUGUUACCAUUGGCCCCCGACUUUUCCUCCCUUGCCCUAUGGAUGUAGAAGGUUCUAGAGUGUGGUUCAUGGAUCUCUGGAACUAUUCUUUGGUACCUUACAUUCUGGAGGCAGUGAGAGAAGGUCUUCAGAUGUAUGGGAAACGGGCACCUUGGGAAGACCCCUCAAAGUGGGUGCUUGACACAUACCCAUGGAGCUCGGCAUCUCUGCCUCAGGAUGGUCCAGCAUUACUUCAGUUGCGACCAGAAGAUGUUGGGUAUGAGGGCUGCAUAGCCACUAAGGAAGCCUCAACCUCGAAGCACAUUCCACAGAGUGACACAGAAGGGGAUCCUCUGAUGAAUAUGCUAAUGAAACUCCAAGAAGCAGCCAAUUACUCGGGCACCCAAAGCUGUGACAGCGAUAGCACCAGCCACCAUGAAGACAUUCUAGAUUCAUCUCUUGAAUCUACUCUCUAGAGGGUGAAAGAAGUUAGGGGAAGAGACUAUGCUUUUUCGAAAGGUUUAACAAGUAAGGUAUCUUCACUAACCCACUGCCAUAUGAAAGCACCCUGUCGAGGGCCCUGACCCAGAGUCGUGGUCUCCGAGGAGGCAGCAGAACUAAGUCGGAACGGCCAAGAUGCUCAGCUGAAACGGAAGCUUAACUUUAUUUUAUUUCUAGGCAUUUUUAUAUCCUUGGAGUGAUGUCCGGCUCCAUUACUCAACUGGGAAGGACCCUAAGGACAGGGCAACGGAAUCGAUUGCACACGGGAGAGCCAAACUGGACUUUCUGUUUUUUUCCUCUUUAAAAGUUUACAAUGCAGCC